AUGGAGACAUUAUUGCCAUUUAAUCAGCAUUCGAAUGAGUUGAUUUUCUAUAACAAGAAGUCUAGCUUUGUCCAGCAGCACAACCAGUAGCUAUUCCCAAUUGGUUCAGGACACUACCCUCUCUACGUAUAGUAAAACUUACUUAUGCCUAAUGAACUCGCCCUAGCCAACACUGACUUCUCGAUAGUACUGAUGGACUUGAAUCUGCAAGGACAAGUUGCUUCUUUCUAAAAGGAAGCUUUCCAUACUGAUAAGAUCAACGCUCUUAAGUUUUCCAACGACCAUACUAAUUAGCACCUUCAGCACGUCAUUGAAUCUGCAUCAUAGGAUGGAACAGUGAAGAUCUGGGAUAGAAGAAGUGGCGAGGCAGUGAGUACAUUGAGACAUCAGAACAGUCCCUUCUACUCAGUCGACACUAACAAGUCAAUAAUCUGUGCAGGCACGAACUCAGAACUUGUCUUCUGGGAUAUCAGAAAGAUGAAGCCGCCCCUUUUCACCUAUAAAUCUUCGCACACGGAUGAUGUGACUGGACUGGCUUACCACCCUGAAAACCCAGACUCGCUGAUUUCAUGCUCCACUGACAAUUUGAUGUGCUAGUUUGACUUUGCAGGCAAGGAAAACCCCCAGCUAGAAGAUGAGACAUUAGAGGGAGUUUACUGUUCUAGCCAGCCAUUGAUCAACUGUGGAUUUUUAAACAAAGACAUGAUCUGGGCAAUUACCAGCAUAAACACCAUAGAGAUCAUUAACCUGGAAAACCUAGACGUCUUUACUAAAGUAGAGAAGUUCCCGCAUCAAGCUGACUAUGUGAUUGGUUGUGAAUAGGAUAGAUUUACCAGCAAAUUCGCUAUAUAUGCAGGCAAUAACAAGGGAGAGCUCUAUAUCUAUGAAUUAGAGGACAAGAAUAAGCUUAACCUUGUAGACAUGAUUUUACUACCUUAGAAUCCAGAGUUGCCUCAUGACAACAUCAUUAGAAAUACAUUGAGAAUCAACAGUGAUCAGAUAGUGCUGACAACUGAAAAUGGAGACUUGAAAAUAUUCAAGUAUAGUCCAGAACAAGCUCAAGCGUAAAAUGUAAAGUCUCAAGCCCUGGAACUCCAAUAGCUGAUAAGUGACAAUAAUAUUGAGGAAGAUGAAGAUGAGGAUGCUAAUUAGAUGUACAUUGGCAAGAAGAAAAAUCAGAAUGCAAAGAAGUACAAGCCAUUUUGA